AUGAAUGCGCAGCCUGAGCCCCCUGAGCCAGAGCCCCGUGAGCCAGAGCCCCACGUAGAUGAAGGAGUGGACAUCAGUGCCGCCAACUAUGAGGAGCUGAUCGAUGGCGGGAAUAUGGCUCCGGAGGAUGACGAGGUCUACAACCCGUUGGAGGGUCUCACUAAGAGUCAGAAGGCGUUGCAACUAAUGCUUAAUCCGGAACACAAGGAGAACAAUAAGUCACUAUGGACGCAAUUAUUCAUACCUUCGUUGACAAAUAUCAACGACAUUGAUUUUCUCAAGGCCGAGCUGGGUGAUGACCCUCGAAACCCGGAUGCCCCGUACCUAGAGUGGUAUAACCAAUUGCUUUUUCAGCAGAGAGCGUAUUUGCAAACGGCGUUUGAAGAACCAACGGCUUUACCAGUGCUUAGCAAACGAGUGGCGAACUAUCUGAGAAUCAAUAAGGCCACCAAAUUGACAUGGAGGCAGCAAUGGAUUGACGAAUAUACCAAGUACCUAGAGCACGUUAAGAAGGCGGAGUCCGGCAAUGCUGAGCGAGCUAAACAAGAAGCCCUGGAAAAGCGGAAACGAAAGCUAGAGCUAAUGCGGCAACACGAAGCGACUGACGCUCCGUACGACGAACCAGAUGAAUAUAUGGCAUCUGACGAAUCUCCCAAACAGGGAUGCCAUCACCGAGUUAACUCGGAAGACACUUAUGCUGAAGGAAAUACGCGUGCAGAUACCCGGACGAGUGCCGGUGUACAAGGCGUCGACCCUCGUCCGAACUUUAGUCGCGAACAUCAGAACCCCAGCCCAACUGAGGAGCCUGGUCGUCCCAACAGUGGUUGUAACGGAGAGCAGGGUGUUAACGUAGAUGAGGUUCCGGAUUUGGAGGAGUUGCGCAGGGCUGCCCUUCUGAAACGCCAAGAGAGGCUGAAAACCAAACGGCACCUUGCACCAUGA